CCAGCAUGUAACAGUAAAACUUCAAUCGAAAACCCUCAACUUUGAAUCGAAAUUAGAAAGAGAAAUAUAGGAACCCCAAUCUUUCUCAUUGAUCUUCAUUCGUUUGUAGUGCUGGAUUCCUACACAAUCCCCCAUUUUUUCAACCAAUGUCUUCUUCAAUAUUCAAUAGCAACAGCGGUAUCUCAAUCUCAGUUUCAGACGAUGAUUCAGACGAACUCGGCCGCAUGCGAGUCCGAGUCCGCAGGAAGCGGAAGAAACAUGGACGAGUCAGGACCGAGUUGACUGGUAAGGUAAUCAGGUGGCUCGUCAAGUACUGGACGAUCCUGAUCUUUGUUCCCGCUGCUGGAUUGCUCGUAUUUGAGGCCUCUCGAAUCGGUAGGAAGCCGAGUUUGGUGGUCAAUACGGAACUCAGUUCAUUGAAGAGAAAGAAUUCGUUAGAGAACUCGGGGGUCGAAAAAGUGAAGACAACAAGUGACAAGAGGAAUUUGGGGGGCAAUUUGAAUCGACUAGAUCCACCACGUUGCUUGAAGCUCCUACCUCUUGAGGAACUUGAUCAUCUGGAUAUUCCUAUUGAUGAAGACACUAGUUCCCCUCUUAAAAGGGUGGUGUACGUAUCAAAUAAUGAUACACCUUACAAAGGUGGGAGUUCUAGCCUCUCUUGGCUGCAGACAAAUGGCACACGGUUUAAUUUAUUUACAGGAAACCAAACUUUUGAUGAGAGAGAGAAAAGUUUUAAGGUGGAUGAAACUGCUGCUGUGCAUUGUGGCUUUUACAGUGAAAAUGGUGGUUUUAGAAUUUCUGAGAAGGAUAAAAGUUUUAUGCAGACUUGCAAGGUUGUGGUUUCAACUUGUGCAUUUGGUGGUGGAGAUGCCCUUUAUCAACCUAUAGGGAUGUCCAAAGCAUCGCUUCAAAAGGUUUGUUAUGUUGCAUUUUGGGAUGAAAUUACUCUUGCUGCACAGGAACCAGAGGGUAUUAAAACUAAUGAGGAUGGAUUUGUUGGGAAUUGGCGGGUAGUGGUUGUACGGGAUCUUCCUUUUGCAGACCAAAGACUGAAUGGAAAAAUACCAAAGAUGUUGCCCCAUCGUCUAUUUCCUCAAGCAAAGUAUUCUAUUUGGGUAGACUCAAAGUCCCAAUUUAGGAGGGAUCCUUUAGGCAUUUUAGAAGCACUUCUUUGGCGUACAAAGUCUGUGCUUGCAAUUUCAGAGCAUGGAGCUCGUAGCAGUGUAUAUGAUGAGGCCAAGGCUGUUGUGAAGAAAAACAAAGCCAAGCCAGAAGAAGUGCAGGUCCAAUUGUCUCAAUACCGCAUUGAUGGCCUUCCUGAAGACAAGAGAUUUAAGGGAAAGAAAGCUCUAUCAGAAGCCUCUGUCAUUGUGAGAAAGCACACGCCAUUGACUAAUCUCUUUAUGUGCCUCUGGUUUAAUGAGGUUGUUCGCUUCACCUCACGGGAUCAGCUUAGCUUCCCCUAUGUUCUUUGGCGGUUGAAAGUGCUCAAGAACAUUAAUAUGUUCCCUGUCUGUACCCGCAAAGAUCUUGUUAAUAGCAUAGGUCACAUACGCAAAGCUAAGCCUUUGAUAAUUUAGUUGGUCAUUUUGGUACCAUUUGCAUCUCAGGUUGUCUUCCAUUAGGGGCACUAAGGAGCAAGUAGGUUGUAUUGCCUAUUUUUUUAUUCUUUUUAAAUGAUUUAUCUACGGCAGCACUACUGUUUUUUU